GCAAGUUUACGUCAGUUACCAGUACCUCUUGAGACCUUGGCGGACAUGGAAGUGCAUCGCAGAAGUCUGCUGACCACAGCUCGACCAUAUCUGCACGUUUUUUCGAUAUUCGGACUUACACCUCCAACUCUGUUCUGCACCAGGACAUUGCACAAGAGGCGUAGAGGCUGCUUGGUGGCAGGAUACUCGUGCUUUUCAUUUGCAAUCCUUCUGUUGGUCAUCUAUGAGUGCUAUGCGAACAUCAUCGCCUUACACCGGGAUCUACACCAGUUCCACACGGAGGAUUUUAGCAAAGUAAUGGGAAGCACGCAGAAGAUUCUUGUCGUAGCCAUGACUUCAUGUAACCAACUCAACAUGCUGCUUAACUUUGGCCGACUUCGACAUAUCUAUGAGGAUAUGGCGGAACUGGAGGAUGAGAUAGACAAUGCUUGGAGAGAUUUAAGUGGACGGAGAAACUGUUGGAGCUUACCGUUCCGAUUGGCCUUUGCAGUGGGAUUGUGGAUGGUAGUGCUCGUAGCCCUUGUACCAAGUUUUACCCUUACGGGUCUAGGACCCUACCUCCACUGGGCCAAUAAAGUAUUCACCGAAUUUAUCCUGGUAAUGCAGCAGUUUAAAGGUUUGGAAUAUUGCUUGUUCGUACUUCUAGUCUACGAGCUGGUUCUCCGAGUGCGCCAUAUUCUCGACCAGAUCUUUGUUGAACUUGAGGACUGCGAUUGCAGGGAUAGGAUUCAGGAGCUUUGUGUGGCUCUCAAACGGAAUCAGCUGAUGGUUGGCCGCAUAUGGAAAUUAGUGGGUGAGAUUGCCGCAUAUUUCACCAUCUCCAUGAUGGUUUUAUUUGUAUACAACGGGCUGACUAUCCUGCACAUCGUCAACUGGGCUCUCAUCAAGUCUAUCAAUCCAAACGAUUGCUGCCAGUAUAUGCGAGUCGGUACUUGUUUUUUACUAUUAUUCACUAUAUAUUUGUCCUGCUUUUACAGUGAGCUCUGCAUCAAAGCGUACAAUAGCAUCCCACGCAUUCUUCAGCAAAUGGUUUGCUUACCUGCAGCCGAAAAUUAUUCAAUGCUAAAAAUGGGUCUAAGGGAAUACUCCUUGCAAAUGCAACACCUUAAGCUCCAAUUCAACUGCGGCGGGUUCUUCAACAUCAAUCUUAAGUAUUUUGGAGGGAUGGUGGUCACUAUAUUGGGCUAUAUAAUUAUUUUAGUACAAUUCAAAAUUCCAGUUAUGGAAAUGAAAUAUCGAGAAAAUAUUAAUAUUAGCGAAAUGACAACAUGAAUGUUGAGCUUUUUAAUUACUUAAGCACCGUAACAUAAAAACUUAAGCACAUUUAUUUUCGAACAAAAUAUCUACAAAAAUUCAUCAGCAAGAUGAAAUCUACAUCUUGCAAUAGCGACACCUGGCGACGAAACACUGAAGUGUUUAAAUAAAUUUUGACUUAUUAAAAAAAUGUAUUUAAAAAAAAUUUUCAAACCAACCCUAAAUAAUAAAGAAAUGAACAUUUCCUUAGCAUAAAAAUAUGGAAUUUAAAAUAAGAUUUUAAGCAUCUGGAAAAGUAAAAUACAUGUAAAAUACAGGUUUU